AUGGAAAACCAGUUUUUGCUAGCUGGAAUUACCAUGGAGAUUACGAAAUUUCACCAUGUUGUCUUCGUUUUACAGCCUGAAGAACUAACUAUUGUGGAUGAUCUCAUUUUAAAACCGCCGGCAGAAAAUCCGAACACUGCACUCAGGGCCCGGCUGCGUUCGCAAUACGCCGAUACUGAAGAACAACGCCUCCGAGACCUCAUUUCUGGAAUGCAGCUCGGGAAUCGCAAGCCCUCACGUUUUUUAUUGGAGAUGAGAAGCAAGGCUGGAAACCGAAUUUCCGAUAAUUCGCUUAAAUCCCUUUUCCUGAAGCGUCUGCCAACCAACGUACAGCAGAUUCUUGCUAUCUCUGAUGAUGGAGUGGAAAAGUUAGCUGAGAUGGCGGAUGGAAUUAUGGCAGCUGCGUAUAAUACACCAUCAUUAAAACAGUCGAAGCGGUAG